UCCUCACUAUUUAAACGCGAUGGUCCAACACAUAUCAUCUUCUUUUCACUUUAUUCCUUUCACAAUUUUUUUUAGCACGCUAGUCCAACAGUCACCUCCGGCAAAGAGCAUCUACACAAGUCACGACUUCUCUGAUCAUCACAAGAAACCAGUAACUUCCAUACAAAUUUCGACAUCCUGAUCCUUCGUCAGCAUCAUGGGGGAUUCCUCGUGCGUUCUUGAAUCCGACCACGAAUCAGGCUACGUCGAGAAAGAUGGGCUCCUUACCAUCGACGAGCCUCCUACUAAGGAUGGGCCCCUUGCCAGUGACGGACUCUUUGCUGACGAUAGCACCCCUUUCCGGUUGCUGGACUUGCCAAUCGAAAUCCAGUCACGCGUUGUCGACUUUCUGGAAUUCAGGGAUCUCACCUACCUCAGAGCUACCUGCAGAACGAUGCGAACGUUGCCAACGGAGAGUCAGCGCCGUCAAGCCUUGCUCGAAUAUGAACGAGAUAGUGAGAAAUUUUGGUUCUUGUGGAGGGACCGACAAUCCAACAGGGCAAUGCGCUUGCACGUCGACGGAAAUGAGGAGUGGAGGCAUUGGGCGUACUUUCAGACGUCCUUUCCCAGGCUGUUUGGUCCAGAACCUGAACCAAAUCAAGAUGUGGCACGCUGGACUGCCGAAUUUGAUCAGAUGGGUUUGUCCACCUUUCGGACCAGUUGGGAGUUCCCGUCAUCAUCAUCAUCAUCAAGGAGACCUCUUGCCGACUAUCUACCCUGUUACAUGUGCCUCUCCUUGCAAUGGGAUGGUCGUUUUGACAGCAGUAUGCAUAGAAGAUACGGAUGGUCGUGGAAUGACUCGCCCAAUUUUGAUCCCACGGACGCUAUUGUAUGGAAUGCCGCAUGAGCCCUUCGAACAAGCAUGUAAGGGGUUCAAGUUGGUUAGCUUCCGAAGGCUGUUACUACCGCAUUUGUUGUUCACGCUGUCAAAGACGGCAGAGCAUCAGCUUCAUGCAUCACGACCACCAGGGCUUUUGUGAGCGUUGUUACCACCCCCAGUGUGAUGAAGAAAAGUUAAGGUACCCGGAAGAUGGCUGCCGAUGCUUUAUCUGGUACGAUAGCGACGGCGAAGAUGAGUCCGGCAAGCGCCUGGACCAUGAUGAUGAGGCCAUCUGUAGGAGGCUCUUCAAGAGCGAUCUUUGCAAGGAUUG